AUGCUGCUGGCCUCGGCCGUGGUGGUGUGGGAAUGGCUGAACGAGCACGGGCGAUGGCGGCCCUACAGCCCGGCCGUCAGCCACCACAUCGAGGCUGUGGCCCGCGCCGGGCCGCGGGCGGGCGGCAGCGUGGUGUUGGGCCAGGCCGACAGCCGCCUGGCGCCCUACAUCAUCGACCUGCAGUCCAUGCACCAGUUCCGCCAGGACACCGGCACCAUCCGGCCCGUCCGGCGCAGCUACUACGACCCAUCCUCGGCGCCGGGCAAGGGAGUCGUCUGGGAGUGGGAGAAUGACAGCGGGACGUGGACGCCCUACGACAUGGACGUGGGCAUCACCAUCCAGCGCGCCUACGAGAAGCAGCACCCCUGGGUGGACCUGAGCGCCAUCGGCUUCUGCUACGUCAUCGACUUCGCCACCAUGGGCCAGAUCAACCGGCAGACCCAGCGCAAGCGCCGCGUCCGCCGCCGCCUCGACAUGGUCUACCCGCUGGUGUCGGGCACCCUGCCCAAGUCGCAGUCGUGGCCAGCCAGCCCCGGGGCGGCGGCGGCCCCGCCGGUCCCUGCCUGCACCUGUCCCCAGUGCCUCCUGGUCAUGAGCGUCAAAGCGGCCGCCGGCCCCGGCACCUCCACCCUGCAGCCCCGCAAAGCUGCCCCCGCGCCGCCGGCCGCUCCCAAGCCCCCGCUGCCCGCGGCAGGGCCGAAGGCGCCGGACGGCGUGGCCGCGGUGCGCGGCUCGCUGAAGCCGCUGGCGGCGCAGGGGGGCCGAAGGCAGGCGGCCAGCGCACCUGCCCUGAGCUCGGCCGGCGCUUCCAGCAGCCCCCCUGGCGUGGGCAGCGGCAAAGGCUCCCGGCCCAGCCUCGGCACCCUGAACCGGAGCCACCUGCAGCGCCUGGCCAUCGCCCAGUCCCGCGUGCUCAUCGCCUCCGGGGUCCCCACCGUCCCUGUGAAGAACCUCACUGGCUCCAGCCCUGUCAACCCAGCGCUGGCAGGGAUCACAGGGAUCCUCAUGAGCGCGGCCGGGCUGCCUGUGUGCCUGACCCGGCCCCCCAAGCUGGUGCUGCACCCCCCACCCGUCAGCAAGAGCGAGAUCCAGUCCAUCCCCGGCAUCUCCCACUCCUGCCGCAAGACCACCAAGAAACAGGCCAAGAAGGGUAAAACCCCAGAGGAGGUGCUGAAGAAAUACCUGCAGAAGGUGCGGCAUCCGCCGGAUGAGGACUGCACCAUCUGCAUGGAGCGGCUCUCUGCCCCCUCUGGCUACAAGGGGCCCCAGCCAACCGUCAAGCCUGACCUCGUGGGGAAGCUGGUCAAGUGCAGCCACGUCUUCCACCUCCACUGCCUGGUGGCCAUGUACAACAACGGCAACAAGGAUGGGAGUCUGCAGUGUCCCACCUGCAAAACCAUCUAUGGGGUGAAGACGGGGACGCAGCCUCCCGGGAAGAUGGAAUAUCACAUCAUCCCCCACGCGCUGCCCGGCCACGCCGACUGCAAAACCAUCCGCAUCAUCUACAACAUCCCCCCAGGGGUGCAGGGACCAGAGCAUCCAAACCCUGGGAAGAGCUUCACGGCCCGUGGCUUCCCCCGGCACUGCUACCUGCCAGACAGCGAGAAGGGCAGGAAGGUACUGAAGUUGCUGCUGGUGGCUUGGGACCGGCGCCUGAUCUUCGCCAUCGGAACCUCCAGCACCACAGGCGAGUCGGACACGGUGAUCUGGAACGAGAUCCACCACAAGACAGAGUUUGGCUCCAACCUCACUGGCCACGGCUACCCCGACAUCAACUACCUGGACAAUGUCCUGGCUGAGCUGGCAGCCCAGGGCAUCACGGAGGAGAGCCUGGCACAAGAGAAGGACUGA